AUGGUGACCAUGAUGACGAUGGUGAUGAUGCUAAAUGAUGAUGAUGGUGAUUAUGUCGAUUUAGCUGAUGAUGAUUAUAACGGUGGUGAUCAUGAUGACGAUGGUGGUGAUGAUGAUGAUGAUGAUGACGAUGAUGAUGAUGAUGAAGAGGGUGAUGAUGAUGUUGAUGAUGACGAUUAUGUCGAUUAUGUCGAUGGCGAUCAUGAUGACGAUGUGGAUGAUGAUGACGAUGAAGGUGAUGAUGAUGACGAUGACGAUGUUCAUGAUGACGACGAUGGUGAUGACGAUGGGAAUGAUGGUGAUGAAUCUCCCACUUCCCUUUAA